GGAAGUGAGAAGUAGACUAGAUGGUAGGUUCACGUCCCGUGGACGCAUUCGUUUUCUCGUUUUCCGGUCUCAUUUUGCCGUCCUCCCGACCCUAACCCUAGCCCUAGCCACCGCGUUUUGGAUCUCCGGGGAGCUGCGAUGGCGGCGGCCCCGAGGGCCGACGGGUCGGAAAACGUGAUCGCCACCGCGCGGCACAUUGUCAGGAGCCUCGCCACCACCUCCGAGGCCGCCGACGACAUGAUGCGCAUCCUCUCCGCCUUCGAUCGCCGCCUCUCCGCGGUUCCCGACCUAUUCUCCCCUUCUUCCUGCGCCGCUGGCGAAGAUGAAGCCCCUUCCUCCGCUGUCGACGACGAAGCCCCUUUCUCCGCCGUCGACGGGGAGGCCCCCUCCUCGUCCUCCGUCGAUGGCGAGCAAUCCGAGGUGGAUGCUCGCCUCAAGGCCGCCGAGAGGGUUAUCUUCCAUUGGGAUCCCUCCAAUCCGGAUUCCCUUCUGUGGGACUCCCCCGACACCGCCGCCGAGUACCUCUCCGCCGUCGACGAGGUCCUCGCCCUCACCGCGACCUCCAGAGGCGAUCUCCUGGCCUGCGCCGAGGUGACCCUCCAGAUCUCCAUCAGCCGCCUCGGCGACGAGUUCCGGCACUUGAUGAUCCAAAAUACCGACGUCCUUGACGCCGAAAACCUUCACGACUCCAUCCAAAGGCUUUUCCUCUCGUUCCGAUCCCCCACGAGUGACGCUGCUGCUGAGGACGUCGAAGGGUCGCCUUUGUCAGAGCAAUGCGUUGUGGCACGGGCCACCACAAUCGCCCUCUCGGAGACGCAGAUCCCCAAUUUGAUCCGCCCUGAAGCAAUUUCCGACCUUAGGCAGAUCGCUGAUCGGAUGAUCACGGCUGGGUCCCGAAAUGACCUCUGCCGGGUUUAUACCAGCGUUCGCUGUAAUAUCUUGGCCGAUUGCCUCACUGUUCUUGGAGCUGACACGGUUAGUAGUAAGGAGGUGCGAAGGAUGGAGUGGAAGACUCUUGAUAAGAAGAUGAAGAACUGGAUGCAAGCUUUGAAGCUCGUUGUUGGGGUCAUCUCAGCUGAGAGGCAGCUCUGCGAACAAAUACUUGCUGGCUCCGAUGACCUGAAGGAGGAAUGCUUUGAUGAGGUUGCAAAGUUCUGCGUCAUGCACUUACUAAAAUUUGGAGAGGCAAUUGCUGAAGGUCAGCGAUCGCCAGAGAGGCUCUUUGGCAUCCUGGGCAUGUAUGAGGUUCUAGCGGAUGUGCUACCAGACAUUGGGGACCUGUUCCUGGGGGAUUCUAAGGAUUUCAUCUGCGAGGAGGUAGAAAGGGUUCUUUUAGGGAUGGGGGAUGCAGUAAGGGGCACACUUGUGGAGUUUGGGAAUGCAAUUCAAGGAGAGACUUCGAAGAAGGCAUUGCCAGGUGGUGAGAUCCAUCCUCUCAACCGGUACGUGAUGAAUUACAUCAAAUUGCUUGUUGAGUAUAGCACCUUGCUCAAUCAGCUUCUUGAGGAUGGUAGCAUAGAUGGUCGAGAUAGCUCAGAAGGGGGUGAGAGCAUGACCCCUGUGGCUCACCGAGUGCUGUUGCUAAUGUCAUAUCUGGAAGUAAAUCUGGAGGAGAAAUCCAAACUUUAUGAGGAUGCCGGGAUGCAAUAUGUUUUCUUGAUGAACAAUGUACUCUAUAUCGUCCAGAAGGUUAAGGAGUCCGAGCUGAUGGUUCUGUUAGGAGAUAACUGGGUUCGUAAGCGUCAGGGUCAGAUCCGGCAGUAUUCUAUGCAGUAUUUGAGAACUUCAUGGACUAAGGUCUUGUCUUUUUUGAAGGAUGAGGGAUUAGUUGGAAGCUCCCAUGGUUUGUCAAAGACGGUCCUCAAAGAAAAAUUCAAGAGCUUUAACUUUGCCUUUGAAGAAAUAUACAAGACUCAAUCAGCUUGGAAGGUUCCAGAUCCACAGUUGCGAGCUGAGCUGAGGAUUUCAAUAUCCGAAAUGAUACUUCCAGCCUAUCGUGCAUUUCUAGCAAGGUUUGGUGGUUAUUUAGAGGGUGCAUGGCAUUCAACAAAGUACAUAAAGUACACAGUGGAGGAUCUGGAGAAGUGUUUGGCUGAUUUCUUCGAGGGGUUGCCUGUGCCAUCAAGCCACUUUAGAAGAAAGCUUAGCUUGCCUUAAUUGAAUUCUGGCCAAAGGGGAGAUUUAACUUUUAUUGUGACUGUAUAACUUCUUCCAACGUAAUAUUUUCCAUUUGAGUUAUUUCUUCUUUUUUCUGACAAUUAGUUUGUUUGUUGUGAUAUGGUAUUUAGAUGUCUACAAAGUUGUCAUGUUGAACACAUAUAGCUACUGAAGGACUCGUGUAUGUACAGUCUCUCUCAAGCGUUAAUAUUUUGAAAUUCUUUUUAGUCUA